AAACUUUUGAAAAUAUAACCAAAUCAGAAGCAAGCAAACAAACAAACAAACAAAGAAAACGUAGAAGAGUUUAUUUAUCUUAUGAGAUGAUGAAUUUUAUUUAUUAUUUCAUUGUAUUUUGGUAAAUUUCUGGAUUUUUAUACUACUACUUCUGGGUUUUAUGGCUUCCUGCGUGUGCUUUCAUUUUCCAAUUAACCGCUGUUAUCUAUCAUCCAGUGAAUGAUAAUACUUGAUCAUAUCAGUACACAAGAGUGAAUAAAUGUAAGGAUGCAAAAGGAUUCAAUGAAUAGAAAUGAAAAUAAGAUAAAGCAAUGGUUUAAUCGUACCUUUAAAUUGAACGUAAAGCCAGUAAAUAAACUACCGAAUCCUUCAUUCACACUACCGCGUUCAGUAAAAGAAGUCGAAACAAACUGUUAUAUUAAUCAACAAGCUUUAACAUUAAAAGCGUUAACAUUUCAUCAAAAACAUUCCGGUCCAAAUGAAGCACCGAAAUUUAUUGGUCUGUUACAAUCAGAAUAUCAUAUUUAUCCUGUAAAAAAUGAUAAUAUAUCAAUAUCUGAUCAACAAGAUAUGCUUAUUAUAUUUGAGCCAAUUUUAUUAUAUUGUUAUGUUCAGUCAACUGCACAAGAUGUAGUGUUCAUAUGGCAGAAAGACUCUGUUGAAAUACAUCCUAAUGAUAGAAUCGAUAUUUUGUGUCAGGAUACAGCAACUCAAUUAAGAAUUAAUUGUCCUAACAUAUCCGACGAUGGAAACUAUGAUUGUAUAGCAGUGAACCCUGAAGGCAAGUGUUCCACUCACACACGAAUUUUUAUCGAAUUACCAAAAGAAGCGAAAAUAUCAGUGAAAUCUAUGCCAGAGCGUAUUCAGUUGAAUGACAUUGAAAAUUCACAAAGUCAAGAUAUUGACUUAGUUGAAUCUCAGGAUAGUGUUAUUCCUGUUGAAAAGCCAAGGAAACUUCACAGCAUUGUUACACAUCAUGGACCAUUGGAACGUUUAGGCCUUCGACGAACAGUAUGCUACUCAAAAAGCUUUAUCAAUCCAAAAAGAAAUGAUAUGAUAUUUAAGUGUAACAAUUUCCCAUCAAAAUUCAACUCAUUUUCUGCCUGUGAAAAUAUUCUCCUUUCAAAUGAAAAACACAUAGGCAGUAGACGAUAUUUAGAAGAUACUAAAGGAUGGAAGUACAGCUCAUUUCGUUAUCUACGCAGUUAUGAUUUGAAUCAAACUCAUGAAUUAAUUCAAGCAUUUGAAAACACUAAGCAAUUCAGCGAUAUAACUAACAAUGGUUUAAGUGCACAGAAGCUAUUGUCAAUCAAAAAUUACAUCAAUUCACGACAUCCUUAUCCUAUCAAAUCUAUGAAUAAUUCUAAUCCGAAGGUGGAUCACAAUAAUUCACCUAACAGAGAUGAAAGUUUGUCAUCCAAAAAGGAGUUGAAAGAGUUGAAUACAGGCAAAAGACGCCAUCAGUCUAGUAUUCUACUGCCUAUCACGAAUACAGAUUUAUCACAAUAUCAGUAUUCUUACUAUCAGGAACAACAAGAUGAAAAUUCUGUUAAUCAUAGAAAAUGCAAUGUAAGAAAACGUCGGUCAUAUGAAACUGAUUCAUUUUGUUCAACCAAAAGUGGGAAUCCCUGGAAACUGUUACCUAAAACCAACAGCAGUCAGCCAAGAAAACAAGGUCCAAACCAAAUACAGCGGACAGACAGUAUAGCUAUGUCAAAGAGCUCAACUACCUCAAACCUGAAGUCACUCAAUGAUAUUAUCUUCUCCUCUAACUUAAUAAACAUUGGUCAUCGAUCAGGCACAGGUUCUUCUUCUAUAUCAGAUAUUAAUCAGUAUUCAGGUUAUCAAUCAUCACAAAGAUCAUGGAGUGAUAUUGAUUUAAAUCCGCUGAGUAAUACAAAACUUAUUGAAGUACGCUAUUUAAAUGAACCGAAUAAAGAGAAUCAAAAAGACUCGAUCAGUAGUGUUGUACAAGAAAUUGUAAUGCAAUAUGUUGAAGCAUCAAAAGGCCUACAAGCAUCAGUUUUUGAAAAUGAAGACUAUGACUACAGAUUCACUGAUAAAGAAGUUAUCAAAACUUCUGAACAAAAGAAGAUUACAGAUUCAGCAGUGGAACUUUCAAAUGAAGAAAGAGGGAACUGUGAACGGAAAGAAGAUUAUAGUUUGGACAAUAAGCCAGAAGUUGUUUCAAUUCCACGUCUUUCGUUUACUUUAAAUGGAGAUGAAAAAAGUAAUGAAUCCAUUAAUCAUGUAUCAAAAAGUCUGAAUCUUUCAGACUGUGAGGAAUCAGAGAAUCAACGAGUUUUAGACUGUUCUAAAAUCAGCCCAUAUGCCUUGACUACAAACGAAAAGCCUGUGGAUACCUCGUCUUCUCCAAUAUACCACGGUUCAUCAGUUGACAAAAAAAUCUGUGCUAAACAGAAUGACUCUCCUCAUAAUAAUAAUAAUGCAUAUUCUUGUGGCAACGGAUACUACAGCUCUUUAGAAAACUUUCGAAAAAAUCCAGAGGCGAAUUCUACCAUAAGCACAGAACAACGCCCACCUGAACCAGUAAGAAAACGUCCAAAUAUCAGCGCCAUAUUAGUUGAUAAAAGAUUGUUCACUGCAUCUAGAUAUAAUAAAAAUAACAUUACAUCAGUAUCCUUAUCUAAUAUAAAAAGUGUAUCACCUACAGAACCAGUAAGUAAGGCGUUUGUAUACGAUGCAGCUGAAUUAGUAAGUGAAACAGUGGAAAGGGAAGCUUGUCAUCAAAGAGAACAUGGCAAAGAGAAGUUAAAACGAUCUGGUGCGAUUAGAAAAUACUCAAGGGAGCAGCGUAAACUCACUGACCGAGAAAACAAUACCCUAUCAAUUGGAAAAAAUGACAAAAUUUAUAAAAAUGACAGUAUUACUUCCUUGAAUUCAACAGCCUCUGCUGCUGAUACCAGUAUCAGUCCUAAAAUAAGCAGUGAAAUUGCAAAAACUUCUAAUCAUAAAGAUGCUGAACUUGAUAAGGCGAUUGUUUAUCCUGAUAUUCAUGAACUUAAUCACAGUCAUCAAAGUAAAAUACGUGAAUUGAUACAAAAAUUUCAAACUCCUUCUAGAACAACUUGCAUAUCUCCAAGUAAGCAAGUUAUCAAUCGUAUACCAAGAUUCAAGAAACAAUUAGAAGACGUGAAAAAUGACGACAACAAUAACUUAACUAAAACUAAUGAGUCAGUCGACAGUAUGUUUUAUAGUACCAUUGGUGUAGGUAAUAUUAUUACAAAAGACAUUCUCAAUAACUCACGCAAUACAACAAGUGUUCGUUCUAAAACAUCUUCAUCAUCGUCUUCAUCACCUCCACCACCACUGCAGUGUCUUAUGUCGGCUACUAAAAUCACACCAGCCGAUCAUAAUUCCUCAGUAUUGUUGCCUACUGCCAAUAAUAUCCAGCGAGAUAACCAACAUGAGCACUGUGAAAUACACUCAGUUAUGCGGACAGUUACAGAGACUGAUUCCCUUUCAGUCACCUCAAAUCAUCAACACACUGACAGACAGAAUGGUCAAAUUAAAAGAAGUUAUGAAUCUGUUUGUCAGCAUGUUUCAAGUAAAAGCAACAUGAAUAACACUGAUGAUUCAAAUUCAUUUAUACCAUCUCUUAAAAAGUACUCUGCUUACUCUCGUGAAGAAGUAAAACAAAGUCAGUGUAAAAUUGUUAAGAAAGAAGCCUAUAAAAAUCAAAGAGGAUCAAUCGCAGAAAGUAAUGAUUCCACAACGAUAACAUUAGUAUCAAAACACUCAUCAAGUCGUCAGUCAGUUGUUUCGCAAAAUGUAUCACUUCAUAAUGCAACGUCGAACCAAAUAAAUUCAAAGUUAUGUACAGAGGCCAAAACAGCUGUAAAAUUGGACAUCUGCAGUUCUGUAGAAGCAUCGAAUAAACCUUAUGUUAAGUGUUUAAGCGAGGAAGUUUCAUUUACAUGUAAAGAAGAUGAAAAUGAGCGCAUUGAAUAUCCGUUAAAAAUCAGUACAAUCAAGAACAUAAAUCCCUGUGAUCAUUAUGAAGAGAUUGGAGUGCUUGGUUAUGGUACCUAUGGACACGUGAUGAAGUGCAAAGAAAAAAGUACUGGUUGUAUAUUUGCAGCGAAAAAGUUUAAAAUUCUACGACUUAAAAGGCAUAAAGGUGAAUUAAUGGAAGUGGCUAUACUACGUGCUAUUGGAAAACAUCCACAAAUAGCUCAUCUACAUGCUGCUUACGAGUACAACAUCUAUUGUACUAUAGUUACAGAAUAUGUCUCAGGUGGAGCUUUGUACAACAGAAUUGAAAAAGAAGGUUCACUAGACGAGGCUAUUACUGUCAGCAUAGUUCGUCAAGUACUACUCGGUUUAAAACAUCUACAAGACUGUUCAGUUAUUCAUCGUGAUCUGAAACCAGAAAAUUUAAUGAUGGUACAAUCAUCGGGAUAUCGUUUAAAAAUUAUCGAUUUUGGUUUGGCUAUCUUUUAUACAGGCAGUCAGUGUCCUCCUAUACCAGCUGGAACAUUGACUUAUAUAGCACCGGAAACACAAAAUUGUGAUCCACAAACAUAUACUACUGAUUUAUGGAGUUUAGCUGUUAUUGCCUACGAAAUUCUUGCAGGUAUUACACCGUUUGAAAUUCCACAAGAAGGAUGUCGUGAUCGAACUUUAACCAACCACGAGAUAUCUUUAAAUAUUACACAUUGCAGAUACGAUUUUGAUGAUCCUGGGAUAGUUGAUGUUUCAAAGGAAGCUAAAGAUUUUAUCAAACAGAUAUUAGUUCGUGAUCCUAAUAAAAGACCGUCAGUACAACAGUGUUUAAAUCAUCCUUGGAUGGCAAUGCGUGAAGAAGACAGACCACCAGUGAAAAGAACACUUUCAUUGUUUCGCCAUAGUACACGAAGAAAGCCUAAAGGAUAUCGUUUCAAACCACGAACAACUCAAAAGGGUGAUCCACAAGAUCCUGUUACAGUUGUCUGAGAAAUCAUAUCUGAACAAUUUAAAUACUUUCACACUGUAAAAGAAAAUCUCCAUCAUUUAAAAGCCUGGACGAGAGAAAUCCACUUUCGUUUUCGUCAAAAGAAAAACAAAAUGAACACAUGAGCAAGGUCAAUGUUAACAGUACGCACGAAAUUUUUUCUUUAAUAAGCGGACAGAUCGAAUUGUCAAGAUCUGAUUAGCAAAAUCUGUCUCAAAGUAUUGAGAAUAUUUUUUGUACUUUUGUUUACUGGAUGAUAUUUCGUUUUUCAUGUGAUUUCCCGUCACUUUUCAUCACUGCAAUGAAUAUAUAUAUAUAUAAACGGUCACAGUACCAUUAUUAUUAUUAUGACUAAAUGUAAAUUACAAUCAUCUUUUCUCA